AUAGUAUAAGUAUCUCAUUAAUCGAAGAAAAUAAUAAUAAAGACAGCUCUGAUAAAAAUAACCCUCCUAGGUCUGAUUUAUCAACAGAUAAUAUCACGAAUAUGAUUAAAAAAAUUCUUUCAGAUAUUGAAGAUAAAUCUGAAAAGUCAUUGCUUUGUAAUAAUAAAUAUCGAAAGAGAUAUUAUGACAAUAUAUCUCCUGUAUUUUUAACAAAUAGAAAAGUCAGCAAGAUUAAGAAAUAUUCUAAAGGUUCGAAGAGUCAUUACUCUAUAAUAGAUUUAGGUGGAG